UUAUGGCUGAGCUUCACGCGCAGGUAGCAUCAGACACUCUGCACUGUAAAUACUCCUCUGACCCCCGGCUGACCACGGGCACGGGCACGGGUUUAUUCUGAUGCAUGAUAUCACUGGGUUCCGGUUAAUGAGUGUGUUUUAACAGUAACCGGAUAUCCGGUUGUCUGCAGGCGUUAAUCCGUGUGUAGGUGGCGAUAACAGCGAAGAUCUUUCUAAAAUGACCUACAGAGAAAACUGGAAAGUUCAGCAUGAGCGACUGCAUGUGCAGCACCGAGGUCAUGAGGCCAUGCACGCUGAGAUGGUCCUGAUCCUCAUCGCCACGCUGGUGGUGGCUCAGAUCCUUCUGGUCCAGUGGAAACAGAGGCACUGCAGAUCCUACACCUUAGUGACCCUCCUGCAGAUGUGGGUGGUUCCUCUGUAUUUCACUCUGAAGCUGUACUGGUGGCGUUUCUUGUCCACCUGGGGCAUGUUCUCCAUCAUCACCAGCUACGUCAUAUUCAGAGCCACACGUAAACCUCUGUCUGGGAGAACACCCAGGAUGGUGUAUAAAUGGUUCCUGCUCAUUUACAAGCUGAGUUACGCUGUGGGAGUCCUCGGAUACCUGGCCAUCAUGUUCACUUUGUUUGGGUUCAAUGUGUUCUUCAGGAUCAGGGCGGAGGACUCGAUGGAUGUGGGUGUGGUCAUGCUCUUCUACGGACUGUACUAUGGCGUGAUGGGACGAGACUUUGCUGAAAUCUGCUCGGACUACAUGGCGUCCACUAUCGGGUACUAUAACCUCGGUGGAAUGCCUUCUCGGAGCCUGUGCCAUGAUAUCUGUGCCGUUUGUGGUCAGAAGACUUUAGUGGACGUUGACGAGGAGGGCGUGGUCGAGGACACCUACCAGCUCUCCUGCAGUCACAUAUUUCAUGAGUUCUGUAUUCGAGGCUGGUGCAUUGUGGGUAAGAAGCAGACGUGUCCAUACUGCAACGAGAAAGUGGACCUGAAGAGAAUGAUGAGCAAUCCCUGGGAGAGGACACACGUCCUGUACGGUCAGCUGCUGGACUGGCUCAGAUACCUGGUUGCCUGGCAGCCGAUCAUCAUCGGCAUUGUGCACGGGAUAAAUUUUUCACUUGGUCUUGAGUGAAGUGCCGUGAAGAGUCUUUAAAAAGUGUUCAGUUGUUUGCCAUUAAAUUAUUUGAUUAUAAACUUUAACUUAAUGUAGAAAAUGUUUUCUGUAGUGUUUUAUUUAUUUACUAAACAACAUGGCGGCCGUGAGAAAAGACUCAGAUGUUUAUAUUCAUCCUGAAAUGCACACACAAACAUAAAGUAGCCUUUAUUCACUUCUUCACGUUAUCUGUAAUUACACACAGAGCUGCUGCUGAGUUCUGGACUCUGAUUGGUGGAUCAGGUGGUGAUUAAUUCUGAUUGGUGGAUCAGGAGGUGAUUAAUUCUGAUUGGUGGAUCAGGAGGUGAUUAAUUCUGAUUGGUGGAUCAGGAGGUGAUUAAUUCUGAUUGGUGGAUCAGGAGGUGAAUUCUCUCUAACAGCAGCUCUAUAGUGCAGGUUUAUAUUCCUGCCCUCACUCUGAUUGGUUGAGGUUUUGCGUAAGGAAAUGUUUCACAUUUAUGGAAGGAGUCUCCAGUGUGAGAGCUUUAUAAACAGAGAGGCUGGUGAGGGAACGGCCAGUUAUAGCUACUGUAAUGGAAAUGUGAAUAGGAAACGACUCGGUCCACAGCAUUAAUGUAACUAGAAACAGAUAAAAUGUCUCAUGCUGUUGGUUAAUAAAGAGAAGUUUAUCAUCCAGACUGUUUUAUUGAUCAGAAUCAAGACAGAAUUCUACACUUUACUGAUCAAGUCAGAAAUCAGCUGUUUAAUAACAAACCUAUCAGAGUAAAGAGUCUGUUCACACCUUCAUCUAUCACUCUAUCACUCUAGGUGAGGUGGUGUGAGAGGAGGUGCGAAAGGUGGUGCGAGAGAUUCAAGAUUCAAUUCAAGAUUUAAAGAACUUUAUUAAUCCUAGGGGGAAAUUCCUUUGCCAUGUUAUAGUUGUUCAAAUAAAAAUAUGAGAUAGAAAAAAAGAAAUAUAUACACCGUUAUAUAAACUGUAAAAUAGAAUAAAUAAAUAAAUACAAAUACUAUACGAAUAAUAGUGUUAACUGUAAUAAUGCACACAAGGACUGUAAAUUGGUGAAAAUUUUAAUGAGUGAUAAUGGUAAAGUUGUACUGUACAUGAAAGGCCCAUAAUUACUAUAGCACCCAUUACUGAUUAUUGCACAUGAAAAUGUCCAACACUUGUAACACUUGGAGGAAUUGUACAGUUCAAGUGCCACAGGGAUGAAAGAUUUCCUAAAGUGCUCAGUGAUACACUUGGCAGUGGUCAGUCUCUGGCUGAAUGUGCUCUUCUGAUUAACCAGCACACCGUGUAGUAGAUGAGAAGGGUUGUCCAGGAUUGAAUGGAGUUUUGACAGAAUCCUUCUCUCAACAACAACUUGAAAUGGGUCCAGCUCCAUGCCAAGUACAGAGCCAGCCCUCCUGAUUAGUUUGUCCAGUUUAUUUCUCUCUGCCACCUUCAUGUUACUUCCCCAACAGACCGCUGCAUAGAAAAUGACACUAGACACCACAGACUUGGAGAACAUCCGCAGUAUGGUGUUGCAGACGUUGAAGGACCUGAGCCUCCUGAGAAAGUACAGCCUGGUCUGACCUUUCUUGCAGAGUGCUGUUGAGUUUUGUGUCCAGUCCAGUUUGUUGUCAAUAUGGACUCCCAGGUACUUGUAAUACUCAACAAUUUGAACUUUUUCACCAUGGACAGACAAAAGAGAGACUGGGGUUAUGGAUUUUCUAAAGUCCACUACCAGUUCCUUUGUUUUCCUUUGAGAGGAGGUUAGCUGAACUGAGUGUUGUACGUUUUGCUUCAGAAUCUGAUUUCUCUGAUCAGAUUAUUUACAUUUGCACUUUCUGGUGUAGGUUCAGUAUGAAUUCCGUUUUUGUGUUUAUUUGCUACUGUUACUCGACUCAGUUACACACGUCACUGUAGUGUUACACACGUCACUGUAGUGUUACACACGUCAC